CCCUGAUUGUAGCGACAUCUAGAAAAAGGAAGCUGUACAAGUGUUUAUCGCGUUCUUACAGACUGAUAACAAGUCUGAAUUACGUUAUUAUUUUAGAUACAAGUACAGACAUAAAUAACAGAAAUGAUUGAUUUAUGUAAGAUUAAGGAGGAUUUUUCUGGACUAGUGAAGGAGGCUCAACCAUGGACCCUUACUCAGUUUGUCAUGUGGCUGGAUCUCAAAUUGUCAGAGUUUAAGAUUAAAGGAUACAUGGUCUUAGAUCAUCAUACAAAGACUAAACCUAAGUGGAUAGAAGAAGAAGACUCAACGAGUGAUGUAGCACCUAUCCCAGCACCUUGUAGAACGUGUAAUAAGCAUUCUAAUGAUGGACAUUUUUAUUCCGACAUCCACGCUUCUCCAACAGGCCACAGAAAUGUCACAAGGGAAAUGAAAAAUGUACAGCCAAUGGAAGAAUCAGAAAGCGUGAGAGGUGAAGUUGGCAUCAUUGAUUUGUCACAUGCGGAAAUAAAUAGAAAGCAAAACUCAGCAAGGAUGUUACGACCACCGGAUGUUGAUAUGUCACAUAAAAAAAGUUAUCAAAACACCUCUUAUCACGAAAAAUCGCCAAAUAUUCUGGUCGAGAGAGACAAAAAUAGACAAGAUGAUGUUAUAGAAAUAGAUGUGCCAUCACCUACUGAAAAAAUGUUUAUUACAUCAAAUAUCAAUAAAACAAGUACUCCCGUUGUACAUGCAAACAUUCGUCCAGUUCAAAAACCUAAAAAUAGACCAUCAUUAUCGAUGGGUACAGCAAUAUAUACAACCACCUCAUCUGUCACUACUCCAACAUUCUCAUCAAGUUAUAUGUCAUCACCAUCAAGAAAUAUUCCACCGACUUUCACCAACAGAAAAUUUGCUUUAGGUGCACCACCGCCACCAUUAGUUGCACCCUCAAACCUGGCAAAUUUGGAUGAAAUGAUUGCACAAGCAGUACAGUUCAAUGAAAUACGGACAGAUAUCUCUGGGUCUCAGUCUCAGACAAGGCAAUCAUCAGGUCAGUCGGAUGUUCGUCCUCCUCCGAUGCAGCAGCAGCAGCCUCCUAAAAUCCAAGAAAGUGAUCAUUCUAGUAGUUUUAGUGAGCAACAUUCACGUCAGACUAUGAGUGAGCAACAUUCACGUCAGACUAUUAGUGAGCAACAUUCACGUCAGUCAAACAUAAGUGAACAAAAAUUACCUUAUUCACAACAAACUUCUACUUCAAGUUCAGCCGUACCGAUAGCAUUACAUGCAAACAUUGACAAUAUAAACAUAUCUCAGAACUCAGCACAUUCAUCAUCAGAUACUAUGGAAAUCAAAAUAGAAACAGAAGUGGAUGAUAGUGUUGCAGACUCUUUCUUCGUAGGAGGUAUGGAUGAUACUGACAGUGCAGACUAUGGAAAUGAUCUCCAUUCAGAAAGAGAUGAUCCAACCUACAAUAUGUCCGCUUCAGCAAUGGGACAGUACAGGAAAGAUGUUGAAUUGCCUACGUUUGAAGAUCCUAUAGUAAGGAGAGCUUUGGAGGACAACAAACCACCAUCACGUCAUAUGUGGUCAAAGAUAAUCACCAGAUGUGCCUAUCAUUUAUUGUCCAAAGGCGUACCUAGAAAACAUGACUAUCAAGCAUUUGCUGAAAGUUUCUUCAGAAGGUACCCAUGUGUGGGAACCUCAAGAGGACCAAAUCCUUGGACCUCUUUUACCAAAUCAGUUUCCCAGAAAGUGAGGACAUUGAGAUACAUAUCGAAACGUCGUUAUAGUCAUCAGAAGUUAAAGAUCAAAUCCUAAUCAAAGUGGACUUGCACAUUCUAUAUCUGCCAGUAUACGUAAUUUAAGAUGGAGUGCCAGGAAAAAAGCCAAGGCCCACCAAGCACAGAUAUUCAAAAUGUGAACUAUCAAAAAAAACAUGUACAUUAAAUUUGUUUUUAUUUCAUUGUGUUAUUCACUUUUAUGCAGAUAAUUUUCUGAACCUGUACUAAUAUUGUACUUUCAGACAGAAUAUUCUUACCAUGUGUCGCAAAAAGUUCGUAAUUUACGGAAGAAAUUUCGUCGCAUAACUGAACAUGGAACAGAAUUUUAAUUUGUAAAAAUUGUUACAAUUCUUAUUACGUUUUGUAUAUAUAAUCCAAUUUAUGGAAGACUUUAGGACAGGUGAAUGAUAAGAAGAAUGGUGAUAGGUGACAUUACAAGAAAUUAUCAUCUACUUUCAGACAAGUUUUUCAAAGGCGGUAUCCCACAGUGUGAGAAAUAUUCGUUGGAGGAUUAAAAAACAGCAACAACAAUUUGCAUACAAUUGAGAGAAGAAUUAAAUGUCAUGCAUCUAUAUUUUAAGUUUUAUGUAAAGAUAUUAUGUAUUGUAUUUCAUGUUUAAAUACUAUUGGUUCAAGACAAGUUAUUGGCUAUCUAUCAAAGUACCUCUAAUUGUGUUUGUCAUACACUGCUUAUUUAUCUCAAGGUAUCUCUAUACACUGGAUAUUGUUAUAAACACUCACACAGUGGCUAAUUCAUUGAACAGUAAAAUUAUGCAGCAGGUAAAGAUUAAACUACUCAUCAAUAUACAGUAGGGUCAAUUUUGAUCCCUGUUGUAAUAUUUAGAUUUUGUAAUGAAAUAUCCAUUAGAUGAAAGUUGUCAAAAUUAGGUGCUAGUUAUUAGCAAUUUAAGAAAGGUAGUGAAAAGGGAGACACAUUUUUGGGGAAAACAUUGCAUUCAUACAAACAAAGCCCUUAUGCCAUGGGGCUGGCUUAAUAGCUAAUAAUUUUCCAAACUUUAUCACUACCUUUGAGAUAAAAAUAAAAAUAAUAGUGCAUUCAUCACAACAUUCUGUAUGUCUUAUCCAUAAACAUUUUAAGAAAUUUAUCAAUGAAAAAUAUACUCAGAUAUUUAAGUUACAAAAUAAUGUGUAUAAUCAUAAUGUUGUCUGAUCUAUGGUCGGGUUGUUGUCUCUUUGACACAUUCCCCAUUUCCAUUCUCAAUUUUAUUUUAUUGUCAAGAAAAGAACAUAAAUUGUGCAUAGCGUAUGAAUCUGGUAUAUGUUAAUGAUGUCAUUGUUUUAUAAGUAAUAUUUAAAAUUGGAGUCAGUUACCUUUAUUCAUAAUUUGUAGUUAAACCUUCCAAUGCUUAAUACAACACAAUGUUUAAUUUUUAGUUCCCACUGCAAAAUGAAUGCUUCAACCCUUCAGUGCUCAUAUGCACUUUGAUUUAUUCAAUUGAUAAGGUUACACAAGUAGCAUGAAACCAACUGUAAACACAACCGUACAAAGAUGUGAUCAAAGUUCAGGUGACCGUAGGACCUUCAACAGCUAGCAAAAUGCAUACUGCAUAGUAAGCUAUAGAAUAAGAAUUAGAGAUGAUUUCAAAACAAGCACCUUUGAACGCAAAUAUUCUUGUGAAAAAUCACAAAUAAAUUUCUAUGUUCUUUUGUACAAAAAACAAUAUACUGUAAAUUCAGAAAUUAUUGCGUGCAUUUAUUAUUGCGAUUUUGUCAUUUUAUACUAAAAUGCAAUUUUAAUUUUUGAGAUAUUCAGAAAAAUCCUGUUCGAUUCAUAUAAAAAAUGUCAAAAUGCGAGUUUUAAUUAUUGCGAUGAUAACCCUGUCGCAUUCUUCGCAAUAAUAAAAACAUUGCAAUAAUUUCUGAAUUUACAGUAUGUAAAAACAGCUUAAGUCUUUCUGAACAUAUAUUCCAUGAUUAAUUGCACUUUAAAAUAAUAAAUCCAAAAAUCUGAAACCAUUGGGCAUACAUGCUAAAUGAAUCAAUAGGUACCUUUUUUCAGGUAUAGGUAGUAAUAAUGACUAAGUCCAUAUUCUUAACUUACAUACCUGGUAUGUACAAUGACAAAUUUCAAAGCUUAGAUUUUAAUGUUUGGGGUAUAAAGAAUUAUUUUUUUUUUGUUGUGUAGUAAACAUAAUACUAGUAUAUGGUUUCUUCAAAUAACAAAACACACAUUUUCAAACUAUGAAAGUUGAUUUUUGCAGACAAGUUUUGACAUAUUUAUGUUUUUUUUUAAAAAUGAUAUUUUAGUUUUUAUUCAUAAUUGUGUUCAUCACUUUGAGACCAGACACAUGCUUCUUGGUGCUUCUAGUUUUCGGAUUGAUUUAUAUUUGAAUGCAAAAUAAUGCAUUGGUUAUUGUUUUCAUUGCAUUAAGAAUUGUAAAUUUUAUGACUUAAUGUUACUAUCAUACAAACAUGGUUAAUUAAAUGAUGAUUGUUUUUACUGCAUUAAAUUUAUCUGAAACUUAUAA